AUGAAUGGCGAGUGUGGCGAAAGAGGGCAGAUCAUCGAGGUGUGGGGCCACAACCUUGAGGAGGAAUUCGCGCGUAUCCGCGAUGUGGUCGAACGGUACCAGUACAUUGCUAUGGACACGGAGUUCCCGGGCAUUGUGGCGCGGCCGACGGGGAACGUGACGGACUACAAUUACCAGACGGUGAAGUACAAUGUGGAUCUGUUGAAGGUGAUUCAGUUGGGGAUAACUUUCGCCGAUGCGGCGGGGAACUUGGCGGAGGGGACGUCGACAUGGCAGUUCAACUUUCGCUUCGACCUGAAUGAGGACAUGUACGCGCAGGAUUCGAUUGACUUUUUGAAGCAGAGCGGGAUUGACUUUGACAAGCAACAGAAGAAGGGCAUCGACGUGCAGGACUUUGGCGAGUUGAUCAUGAGCUCCGGGUUGGUCAUGAACGAAGACGUCAAGUGGAUCUCGUUCCAUGGCUGCUACGACUUUGGCUACCUCCUGAAGCUCCUCACGUGCGCGCCGCUGCCGCAGUCUGAGGCACAGUUCUUCGAGUUGCUGCACGACUUCUUCCCCGCCCUAUACGACAUCAAGUACCUGCUGCGCUCCAUUCACAACUUCAACCUCUCGGGUGGCUCGUCGCUGCAGAAAGUCGCCGAGCACCUCCAGGUGACGCGCAUCGGUCCGCAGCACCAGGCGGGCAGCGACUCGCUGGUCACCUGUCGGACCUUCUUCAAACUCGUCGAGUUGUACUUUGCCAGCCGCAUCGAGGACUGUGGAUGCUCUGGCGUCAUCUACGGCUUGGGCAUGAGUCUCCCCAAGCACAGCCUCCGCGGCGGCAGCAACCCGCACCUUCCCGCCUCCUCCACGUACUCCGGCGCCGCCUCGCGCCCCGAGCCACACGCGCCCGCCCAGAGUCACAGCCGCGGCGGCGGGCGCGGCGGAGCGCCCAGCGCCAAGGGCCGCCACGACGACGAAGACGACGCGAACGCAGCCGGCGCGGCGGCUGCCUCCCGAGGCGGCGGCCUCGGCGGCGCGUCGUCGCUGCUGCAUCUCGCAGGCAGCUACGGCGGCGGCGGCCUCGUUGUGGGCGGCGCGGGCGCGCAGCACGCGAACUACCUCGCCUUCCACCACUCGCAGGGCGGGUCUCACGUCCCGAUGACUCACUCGCAGCAGCCUGGCGGCGGCAGCCACCUCGUCAGUCCGCAUCUGCUGAACAACGCCUUCUCCGGCGGCGGCAGCGCGGCUGCGGGACCGGGGGUGGCCUCGUCGCCGCCUGAGUUCGUGCCCUCCGCGUCGAUGCACGCCGCCGCGACGGGAUCGAACCCGCACGCGCUCUCGCUCCUCGCGUCGCCCGGCGCCAGCAACGGCAACGGCAGCCUCGCCGGGAGCCAUGCCUCCUUCCUGCUGGGCGGCGGUCCAGGCGCGAGCCCCGGCGGCGCGCAGGCGACCGGAGGCCCGAUCGCCUCGAACCUCCACUCGCGCAACUCGCGCCAAAUCCUCGGCGGAGGCGCGGGUGCAGGCGGAGGAGGCGCGCAGGGCGGCGCCGUGUCCUCCUCGACGCAUCUGCGCGCUCAGUGA